GUUUACUUUUCAUUACUGGUAUUACAUUUCCCCUAUUGUUUUUAGCAGGUCAAGAUACUUGAUAUCGACUUUUUCGAAUAAAUUUAUAAUAAAGAAGGGGAAAUAAAUAAAAUUCAGAACCCUUUUAUUGUUGGAAUUUUAUCCAAAACUUGUCAGGAACUCAAAGGUGGUCAAUCUUCUCAGAAAAUAUUUGUCAGCGGUUCAGAGAUGCAGGAGCAAAUGAUAAGCUAUGAUGACAUCCAAGAAGAGCUCAACAAGGUGAAGGCUCGAUUAAGCUUAACGGAGAGGGAGAGAGACCACCCUUUUAACGAGAUGAGAGAAAUCAAGAUGCAGAUGGACAAUGCAGAUAUAAACAAUGUGAAGGAAGCUCUUAGAGAAGCAAACAGGGAAUUACAGAUAAAGGAUAAAACCAUCAAGUCCCUGAGAUCUGAGGUUGAUAAGCUGAAGCAAUUGGAAUUUAAGUUGAUUGAGACGGAAGCUUCACUACAGACGGUGAAAGAAGAGACAAUCAGUUUUAAAUCCUCUCUCGCUCAGGCAGAGGCCUCAUUAUCUGAUAGCAGAAAGAAGGUGGACGAGUUAGAGGUUGAAGUGGGCAGAAGGAAAGAUUCAGAAGAAAAGCUGUCUGAGUCGGUUGCUGCACAGACAAGCCAGAUUGAGCAGUCCAAUGUCUUGCUAGAAGAAUCAAAGCUUCAAGUUACUUCACUACAAGAGAAAAUUCAGGAGUUGGAAGAGGAAAGACAAAGGAAAGAUAAAGAGGCAGGGGAAGAGAUAGAGAGGCUUAAAAAUGAGGUUUCGGUGCACAAAGAAAAUGCCUUUCGUGGCUAUGGGAGGUAUGAAACUGCAUCUGUGGAGACGAAAACUUUGUUGGAUGAGAUUGAUAUUCUAAAGAAUGAGCUGAAGCUGGCCAUGGAAGCAGAAGACAAUAGUAAGAAGGCCAUGGAUGACCUUGCAGUGGCUUUAAAAGAAGUAGCCAUCGAAUCCAACCAGGCCAAGGAAAAACUCACAUCUACGGAGCAGCAGCUUGAAGCAAUGAAUGAGGAAGCAGUCAAUUUAAAAAAAAUGGUGAAGAGCACUGAAGAGACUUAUGAAGCGCUUUUGAAAGCCUCGAAGAAAGAGAAUGAUAUGCUGAAAAAUACAGUUGACAGGUUAAGAUUAGAGGCAGAGGAGUCUCUUUUGGCCUGGAAUGACAGAGAAAUCCAAUUUGUAAACUGUAUAAAGACGACUGAUGAUGAGAAAAACACUGCGCAAGAGGAAUGCAAUAAACUGACUAAGUUGCUUAGUGAGGCUGAAGGGAUGAAUGAAAAAUCAAAGGAAGAGAAUAAGAAUUUGAGAGAUAUACUUAAGCAAGCUCUGAGUGAAGCUAAUGUGGCUAAAGAGGUUUCUAGUCUUGCUAGAGCUGAGAACUCUUACCUCAAGGAUGCCCUUGUUGAGAAGGAUAAAGCCCUUAUUACCCUUGCUCAGGAAACUGAGCGCCUUCGAAUCAAUGAGGCCGAGUCAAAUGACACUAUUAAAGAAUUGAAACGGAUAAUUACUUCAGGAUCUAAAAAAGAAGUUGCAAAACUCGAGAAGGAGAACAAAGAGCAGAAGAAGGAGAAAGAGAACAAAGAUCAGAAAAAGGAAAAGGAGAACAAAGAGCAGAAAAAAGUGGCAAAGAAAGAAACUGCAGCAGAGAACACAGAGAAGGAUGCAAAAGAAUGCAGAAGAUUGAGUAGCACAUUCAGUUUUGAUCUCAACCAGUUCUGGCCUUCGAUUCCUGGUAUGGCAUGCAAGUCAAGCAAGGACAUUGAUGAGGACCCAGAUGAGGAUGAUGCCCUUGGGGGUUCUAUAUUCGACCUGGUAGGAUCCCCAGUGAAGGACUACCACCGGCAAACAACAUCAUCUUGCAGUAGUGAAGAAAAUUUGGUUUUUGAUAACUUUGACGAGGAUGCCCAAUUUGAUGAUAUGGAGAUGGAUAGGGCGUCACAAGGGAAGAGGAAAGCACUGCUAAGGAGGUUUGGUGACCUCUUGCGGAGGAAAAAUUCUCAUCCUCCAAAGGACUUACCUCACCCACCUAAAGAUGUAGCACACUCGCCAAAGGAGAUAGCAGCUUAGCUAGUUAGCUGAAUCCUUAUUUCUGUUUCAAACAUCCAUAUUUUUGCCAGUAGUCUUAGUGUCUGUUUUUGUGUUAGAUCUCUCAUUUUCAGGACCCCCCAGUAUUGGGGGUGAUUGGAGGAAAAAAUAGCACAUACUGUAGAUUUUAGAAGAAUAUACCAUUCAAUAACCUGUAAUACUCCAUGCAAAUACUUGCAGGAUAAGGAGUUAAUUUAACUUAUGGUCAGUGUAAGUUUCUAUCAACUUAUAACAACUGUUAGGAUUCUGCACCCAUUCAAGCUGCAACUUGAUACCAAGCCGUCCCAAAAGGCAGCACUAUUUUAAAUUUAUAGACUACUUUUGAUAAUUCGCAAAUGAACUUAUAUCAAGUUUUUGCACAUUUGUGAUUGGUAGAGCUCAUUAGAAAUUCCUACGCGCUGUGGACGUGCUCACUCAGGUUGCUUCCAGUUUGUUAGACACCCACGAUAUUGCAAGCCUUACCAGUACAGCAGUGUAAAAACCAUCAUCCUACAAAGUGGCAUCCUCAUGCAUCGGGUGGGAAAUGGGUUGUCUGUAUCGGAUGAUGAAUCUUUCGAAUUGAAUUGGGUCAUUUCUAGUCUUUUUCUUUUUUUUUUUUAGAUUUGAAAUAUCAAUAAAUAGAGUAUGUAAACAGAGAAAUAAGCUUUGUACUUUAUACUUUUUCCACCCUAAUAGCAAAGGAGCCAUUUUAUUAAAUUUAAUAGUUGAUGUCCAGUUCAUAUUAGAGUCUGAAAGUUAAGAUAACCAAAGAGCUGCAGCAGACCUCUAUCAUACACAUUGACUUAAGAAAUUCGAGCACCUG